GCACAGACCUCAGGUGAUGUGACCCCUGUUCUCAUGAAUCCUCUCUCGCAGUCAUACUCCAUUCCUCUGGCAGAAGAAAUAUGCCGUACCGUAUCAGACAUGAAUGCAGAUCAUGUGACGGUCACACAGGAAACUUUAACGGAGCAGUUAGUGAAGAAUUAUCCAGGCAUUGCAGUUCCCUCCCACAAUAUCUUAUAUAAUAUCCUUGGCACUCUAAUUAAAGAAAGGAAAAUCUAUCAUACGGGAGAAGGAUACUUCAUUGUGACUCCCAACACAUACUUUAUCGCAAAUGAUGCCACAGAAGACAAUAGAAGGGUCCCGUUGGAGGACAGUUGUUGCUGUUCAUUGCCUUCCAUCACUUACCUGGUAAACAUUGAGCGCUGUGCAGACCUAGUGAAAGAAACCAUUCCUACGGUAUCCCAUUACAGAUCCUGCCAUUGUUUCCCUGACCAGAAUAUGCUCUGUGAACAAAGACAUCGACAUUGGCAGCUAAUGAACCAUGAACCUAAUGGAAGAGGUAAGAAAGGCUGCAGUGAAUUGAAGCCUUCAAUUCAAACUCAAGGGGUCUCCACAUCUGCUGAAAACCACUCCUGGGACACCAUCAAAUCCCUGACAUCUGUGAAAGAGAAACUGAAAAGCAAAAGGUUUGGCCUUGUCCUUUUCUGGAGAAGUGCUUCUAAAAAAGAAAAACAUAAGAAGGAGUACUCCACUUUUUCAGCCCAGUUUCCUCCCAAGGAAUGGCCAGUCAGGGAUGAAGAUGACUUAGACAAUAUUCCACGUGAUAUUGAACAUGAAAUCAUCAAGCGCAUUAACCCUGCUCUCACAGUUGAUAAUGUGAUGAAACACACAAUAUUAAUGCAGAAGUUUGAGGAGCAGAAAAAAUAUAUUGGUAAGGGUAGCUCGGCUGAAGCGUCAAUAGUCAGACAAAACCAUCUUUCAAAGGAUUGUAUUCAAAAGACACAAAGUAAAACAGCAAAACAUACCAGGAAAACCAAAUCAAAGAAAGAGAAGCAGAUAAGCAGAAGCAACAGGAAAUAUCACAUACAUGAGCUAACAUCCCAAAAUGAGAAACUGGAAGAGAACCCUUCACUGCCUAUCAGAAACCAACAGCCAUCUGAUGUAGUAGUGGUGGAAUCCCACGUCAUAUAUAAAAAACAAAUUAAGAACCCUUUUCAGGGUCUGUCAUGGAGACGCAACUUUUAUGCAAAAGGGUACAAGGGUACUAUUAACAGCCAGAUAAAGUCCAGGACUCGAAAGCAAGAAAGGGCUUUACAAAGACCACGGUCCUUGGACUCCUCAAAAACCUUUGACUAUGAAACUGAACAGCUGGCUACUGAAACACAGGCUGACAAAGCUAAGCAAAACAAACUACUCCACGCUAACAGGUCUUCCCUCCAACUAAAGAAAGACAGUUUAAGUGAAAACUUUAGUUAUCUGCAAGGCAGUACUUUCCAAAUAGAUAAUAAAAGUAAAUACUUUCUGGAGAGUAACAUUCCUGAAGAAAACAUCUGCAGAAGAACAAUCAAAAAAAAUCCUGGGGAUAUUAAAAAAUCCUCUCACUCCUACGCUGAAGAUAAUGUUGUGUGCAAAGAUGAUGCAAAAUUUUCAUUACAGCUGAAAGAUGAGUAUUGUCGGUGCAAAGCUGACACUGGAUGUGAGUUAUUAGAUCAAACAGCAGAUGAAUUUCAAAAUGUCUGUCUUUCAAAUUAUACAGCCAAUGUUAACCUGGUAAAAAAAAUUGGUGUGAAAUACAGACAAAAGACUGAUAAAAAGAGUGAACUUACAAUUAAAUACGAUGGUGUCAGUCAUCCCGGAUCAAUGAAGCUGGAAAGUGAAGGAUUUACUGAUAACUGCCAUCUUCUGUACCAAAAACCACAUGAUGGUGAUACCUGUAACUUGUUAUAUGUGGAUGACAGUUUUGAUGGCAAUGAACCAUGUCACCUGCCUCCUGGCCAUGCUUUUUCAGAUAAAAGAGACUGGAGUAAAGCUGUGCACAAGCUGGGCACAGCUAUGUCCCUAAAAAUCUGUAAGGUCAAUACUUAUCCCACCCAGUACAACACAACUGUAAAUAAACGUGACUCUGGCGAGCAUGGAUGUAAGGGAAGUGCUAGUUUUGCAGGAUCAAUAGAUGGCUCAAAAGAGCAUCCAAAAACAGAUUUCACAGAAGGAAGUUGUUUGUGCACUCGGGUUCUUCCGACAGGUCACAGAAAGGAAGAAGAAACUGGCCUUACUGAGUGUGCGAAGGCUUCACCUGUAGCAGAAAUCUGCUACGCUAAUGAGGCUGACUCAGAUGCUGACACUUUGCAGAACUUCACCUAUGAGAUGGGCGAAGUAGUGGCAUGCGGUGCUUUGGGCUCACAGACCAAAGAAACGAGAAACCCUCUGGGAAAGAGAGAUCUGUUUUUUAAGAAUGCAUGUACCGUGAUAUCAGGACAGAAGCGCUCCGAAGGGACAGAAAACCACAGCAUUACAGGAGACAGUGGAAUUGACUCCCCAAGAUGGACUGAAAAGAAGAUGAAGCUUCCUGCCAAAUUCUGA